AGAUGCAGGUUUUUCACAAAUUUUCGUCUUUUAUAUCGUAGCUAAUGAAACUCUUGAAGUCAUGCCGGCAGCUCUGAUGCAAGAUGAGUUGUUCAGGGCUUUCAGCACUUACGCACUUAUUGUUAUCCUGAAGAUGAUGAUGAUGUCGUUUGUUACAGCAUAUUGCCGCAUAACCAGAGGGGCCUUUGCCAAUGAGGAAGACGUAAGCUGUAGGUCUGCAGAGGAGAAGAAGAAGAUGCUGAGAACCGAUCCAGAAGUAGAGCGAGUUCGAAGAUGUCACCUGAAUGACUUGGAGAACGUCGUUCCCUUCGUGCUGGUCGGAUUGUUCUACGCUUUGAGCGGACCGGAACUCUCGUCCGCUCUGCUACACUUCCGCGUGUUCGCCGGCGCCCGGAUCUUCCACACCUUCUCCUACCUUGGCCAUCUACCACAACCCUGCAGGGCUCUGUCUUUCUUCCUGGGCCUUCUGGUCACCUUCUCCAUGGCGUAUAAUGUUCUCAGUAAUGUUUUUGCUAUCUGAUGAUGACGGCAGCAGACCAACAAGACCUCUCAGGUUAAAUUUGCUUUGUUGUUCAAGGU